CAUCUUCCUCCGAAAUUGGAUUUGAUUUAUAGAAAUGCCUGGAGUCUUGCCUUGGAGUACACCAAGUUGCCUAAGGCCCCUCACAGACAGUACUCUAUCUCAAUUGCUCUUGGCUUAAUUACCAUGCAUCUUCCCGGAUGCCUCUUGGAUCCGCUGGCAAUAUCUGUAAUUCUCCACUCUUUGCUGAAAUUGCAGCCUUAACCUUUGCUUUGAAGGAGUGUCUGAAGAUGAAGUGGAAGCCUAUGCAAAUCUACACUGACUGUUUAAACAUCUUGAAGCUCAUUAGCAAUCCUCAAGGCCCGACUGCUUGGAGACUGAUUGAUGAAGCCUGCCUUCUUCUCAGAUUGCUUAAUAGCCUGCAAAAUCCCAGAAUUGAUUUAAUUGACCACGAGGAUAACCUUAUUGCGGAUCAUAUCGCCAACCCUGCUAGAUGAAACCCGGUCCUCUCCCUCUUUGCUAAGGGAAUGCAAUUCCCGUUUUGGCUCUAUGAUGUUUGCGUCAA